AUGAACUAUUCGUCUCCACAUGGUGGUGAUCCUAAUGCAAACACGAACUCAACUGCAGCACGAGUAGCUGCUGAUCCUGAUACACAUCAAGAUUUCGAGCCAAACAGCAGAAGUUCAGACAUGUCUUUGCAUGACAUCGUUGCUCAGGAUAUCAAGGAGAACCCAGUCUUGAUCUACAUGAAGGGUUUUCCUGAGUCUCCAAUGUGUGGCUUCAGCGCACUGGCAGUUAAGGUCCUCCAGCAAUAUGGUGUCCCUAUCUGUGGCAGAGACAUUCUUGGAGAUCUCAAGCUCAAAGAGAGUGUUAAAGCCCACACUAACUGGCCUACAUUUCCACAAAUAUUUAUUAAAGGAGAGUUUGUUGGGGGAUCUGACAUCAUAUUAAGCAUGCACCAGAAGGGUGAACUUAAGGAUCUUCUUGGGGAUAUUGCACAAAGAGAUGAACAAAAAGCAGAUGCUCAUGAUCCAUGA